GUGCUACAGCUUCAAACAAUUACCCCAUCUAUCUCUCUCCCCUCUGGACGAGUGGUAGCAAGCAAUGCUUUCAAUCUGACUCCUCGCUUACCGACCCGGACGAGCUGCACCCCUCCUCCUUUUUCCUCGGGCUCUCUUCCUGUUUGCUCCUCCUUCUCUCCCUCCCUGCUUCACUUUCUUACCCUCUUGCUCCUUCUCAUCCUUCUCUUCUCUUGCCUGUGGAUGCCCUCCUCACGUACAGAAUGGACUCUGGAGGAGAAGGAGGAGAGGGUUGGAUGGAGGACCAGUGGGAGAAAUGGCUGACUCAUGACAUCAGUCUGGAUGAGUUUGAGGAUGAUGACCUCUCGGAGAUUACAGAGAUCACUGACGAGCGAGGGAUGAGCCUCAACUGUAACGGCCCAGAUAUAAGAGGCCGUGUGAGGCGAGGAACCAGUAGCGUUUCAGGAAGGGUGGAGCUUGGAGCAGUUGGGCAGCUUCAGGCAGGGAUGCUGCAUUUGGACCUUAUUGACGGUGCUGACGGUUACUGCGGUGAUAAAGAGGCAUCCGCUGUUGCAAUCGCACCAGGCAUCAAGGACUCUGGAGCACCAGUUACCAUGGAUACUUACCGGCCCAAGAGACCUACGACCCUUAACCUUUUCCCGAUUGUGCCACGCUCACAGGACACGUUAAACAACAACUCAUUCGGCAAGAAAUACAGCUGGCAGGAAAAAGUUUCAGGCUCAUCCUCUCCCCUAAAAACUGGUGAUCUCACUCCGCCACGAGAGCACAGCUGUCUGAGUGACGAGGAUAAGGUGCAGGGUGGCGCUGCACAGACCAAAGACAGAGGGACCUCCACGGACGCCCCCUGCCGACACGGCCACACCUCUGGGCACUCGCACAGCUCAAGCUCGGGAGCCGCAACAUGCUCUAAGCUGCAGGAGAAGCCGCCCCAACCUCCACCUCCACAGAACUACACACCAGCUCCUCUGUACCCUGCGGGUAAGCAGGACAGCUUGGGCCACCGGGACAAGACUCGCUACCAAACGGAUGUUCAUCUGGAACCCACAGAGGAGAUAUAUCUGACUCCAGUGCAGCGUUCAGCAGAAUCGUUGGAACCCCCAAAUGUUCAGGACAGACCUUUUCUCUCACAGCAGACUGAACAAGGACGCAUGUCAAUAAGCUCCGAUACAGAGGGACCACCACCUUAUCAGCCCCUCCCAGACCGGACCAACCCCUCCAUUUUUGAGGAGGAUGAGCUCUAUUUACCUCCACCUUCAUAUGCUUCCUGUGUAGAGUCUCUCAUCACACCACCUAGCACUGCUGCAUUAGACCUCAGCUUAAAGGGGACAGGAGCAGGGGCCAUGCUGAGGCCUGGGUCAUCAGUAGAAUAUGUGGAUGCAACAGAUGAAAGCUACUGUGGAGAGGAUGAGGAUGUAGACAGAAUAAUGAUGGAUGGAAAGAUGAAAAAGAUGGAAGGAAAGGGAGAUAAACCUGCCCCUCUAAGGACUACUAUAAGCUCAGAAGCCAGCAGCCUGACAUAUGACUCAGUGAAAUACACACUAGUGGUGGAUGAACAUGCUCAGCUAGAGCUCGUCAGUCUCAGACAAUGUUACCAAGGCUUCAGCGAUGACAGUGACUCGGCCACAGUCUACGAUAAUUGCGUCUCCUCUCCAUAUGAGUCAGCCAUCGGAGAGGAGUAUGAGGAAGAAGAUGAAGAUGAGGACCAUGACCCACGGGCAGGAGCGGCCCAGAGGGAGGCCACAGCUUGCCUAUCUGAGGACUCAACACCUGAAGAAGACCUGCAUUUCACCAAGAAGUUUCUCAAUGUUUUUAUGAACGGUCAUUCUCGCUCUUCUAGUGCAGAGUCCUUUGGCUUAUAUUCCUGUAUUAUAAAUGGGGAAGAGAAAGAUCAGACCCACAGAGCAGUAUACAGGUUUGUGCCUCGACAUGACGAUGAGCUCGAGUUGGAGGUGGAUGACCCAUUGUUGGUGGAGGUUCAGGGAGAGGAUUAUUGGUACGAGGGCUACAACAUGCGAACUGGGGCUCAUGGGAUCUUCCCGGCCUACUAUGCCAUAGAGGUGAACAAGGACGCAGAAUGUUAUAAAGUGAAAAGCAGUGAGUGGAUGGACAGAUACCGCUUGAAGUUCCUUGGGUCGGUCCAGGUGCCCUAUCAUAAAGGAAAUGAUGUUCUCUGUGCAGCGAUGCAGAAGAUUGCUAACAACAGACGAAUGACAGUCAAGUUUAACCCACCUUCCUUCUGCAUCCUGGAGAUCAGUGUCAAAGGAAUAAAACUGGCGGUUCAAGAGGACUAUUAUGCUUGCAACGGAAGUAACGAAUGCAGUCAUUUCUUCCAAUUAAAGAAUGUCUCUUUUUGUGGCUACCAUCCUAAAAACAGCAAGUAUUUUGGUUUUAUUACUAAACACCCAGCAGAUCAGAGAUUUGCCUGUCAUGUAUUUGUGUCUGAAAACUCCACCAAACCUAUUGCUGAGUCAGUUGGAAAAGCAUUCCAGUUGUACUACAAAGAGUUUGUAGAGUUCUCGUGCCCAACGGAGGACAUUUACUUGGAAUAACCCUGCCUUUGACCACGGCCUUGUACAAUAUGCUGUAUCAUAACAUAAAGUUGCAUGGAGAAGAAAUAUUUAAAAGCGAAGAAGAAGAACAAACGCUUUAACAAACAAAGAGAUGAUGAUUUAACUUUGUGCUUGAACAGGAGAUGAAAAUGAGCCAAAGGAGAAAAAUUACUUAUGCAAAUGGUGUGAGUCAAAAGGUGGAGGUUAUUUCCAAAGUCUCCACCCUUCAACUCACUGUAAAAAGCACAAACAAGGUGUUUCUGAAACCUGAUCAAUGAUAUUUAGCCUGUCACAUCAUCUCAGCAGCUUGAUCACAGAAGAACUGGAGUAUGCCAGAUAAAAUUGCACUUCAUGGAAAAAAGAAAAAAAACAGGAUGUUACAUCUGAAAAAUAACCCUUUGUUACUUUAAUAGCUAAUUAGCCAUGUCGGUAGUAAGGAAGUAAAAUCCUUAACACAAUUGAAAGUUUACAUUGGGUGAAAUAACAUCAGUGGGUAUACAUUUGCUUCUUUGAGGUAUUAAAGCCAGUUACAGUAAAAGAUUCAGAGAAUGGAGAAGGAAAUACAUUAAUCCUUCAUCCAUCAAGAGGGAAAAUAAAUCUAACUGCUGCAAGAGAGAAUUAAAGGUCAAUUAUUGCUUGUUCACACUCCUUCAGACACACUAGCCAUUCAAACUGAAUAGACUAGCUGAACUGUACAUCCAGAAGAGACAGAAAAUCUCAUUGACACUGCUUUCACACUUUGCAGUCUGUAGCAUAAUCGUCAACAUCGGUAGGUUAGUAGUGGUACCAAAAACAAAGAAAGAUUUAACCUUAAAUUAUAACAAGUAAAAUACACUGUCUACAAUAACGAAGUGAUUUGGUUAACACUGCAGAGCAAAGUUAAACAGAUGUCUUGUGUCCUGUGAAUUCAAAGCUUUGUUUUUUAUUUCAAACACACUCGGCUCUUUUUCUUUGAUGUGACCCAACUUAAUUGAAGUGGCAGCAAAAACACAAAAACUAAGCUUAACCUUACUAGUUAGUGCCUCUUUUAGACAAUAGUUGUAAAUAUUCUGAGUCAACAUACUUUCCCACAGAGUGUAUUUAGUUUACAUGUUCAACUGCAAAUUAUUAAGAAGUGUUUCGUGGUGACUGGCUUUCAAAGCACUACAUUGCAUUUUGCUCUACAAUUGUUAAUAGAUCUCACGAAACAGAUUUUUUUCACCUAUUUGGGCUAAACUGUGUGAUGUUAAGAAUUACAAAAAAUAUAUGGAACCAGGUACUUAACUUUUGACAGCUACGUGUUUGUAUUUGGUUUACAUUGAAUUUAAACUAAUCUAAAACUACUAAGUUCUGAUGAUGUAGAGAUACCUAUUUCCAUAAGAAUGCCCGGUUAUUCAUGUUGGGAAAAUUGGAUAAUAUUAUAGUACUUUACUUUGUUAGUUUUAAAGAUGGCUAACCUAUCUGGGGCUGUUAUAAAAUAUAACUGAAGAUAAAGGUAAUCAACUCUUUUGCUCUCCAGGAUAGAUCUAAAACCUGGAUACAUGGAGUGGGAAAAAAGGGUAAAAAGAUUUAAGAAGUGUGUUUCCAAAGACAUAUGCUUAUGUUCCCUAGUGCUCCCAUAAAGACAAAGCAUAUAUGUAAUACAAUGAACCACUGUCAGCAAGUGCUUUCAUGAAAGACAUAUACAAGAACAAGUUGUUAUUUUUUUUCUGGAAAUAUCUGAUGGAAAAAAAAAAAAAACAGAGUAAAGUCCCAUUUCUGUAAAACAACAAAGGGUAACCUUUAAAUAGUCAGAUGGAAGACAGUACUGUACAAAAGGUACAAUAAAAAUACACACUUUAGUUUUAACAGUGGUUAAGCGAUUAUAUGUUUUACAUGGAAACAGCAAUUGCCAAGUUACAAUCCUUACAUGGGAUUUGGAGUGCAAAUGCCACAAACCAUCUUAAAGGGGUAGAAAAUAGUCUCAGAUGGAAUAGAAGUAAGGUUCAUGUAAGCCAUUCUGUAUAUACCUAAUAUAUUCUGUUUGCUUGUUCUAUUUUGUUCAGCAAAUGUGAAAUUACCGCAAACUUACACAUAUAUUUUUAUUCAAAGACAGGUGAAUACCACCCGAAAAAGGCAGUUUAAAAAAAAAAAAAUAGUUUUUAAGUUUGUUUAUGAAAUUACACAGCCAGUGUGAGGCGCCUUGGUUGUCAAAAAGGAAACCAAAAUAUUAUAUAUUUUUUAAUUUAACCUUUUUUAAGCAAGACUAGAGCUGAUUUUGUUAUAUGCAAAAUAAAAUGUUUAACAUCAUCCCUAAUUUUACUUUUCAGAUCAGUAUAUUUUGUAUAUUUUACAAAGCAGUCUUUCUCAAGUAUAUGUAAAAGGUGGAUCUGUCAAAGUAAAUCAAAAAGAAAAACAUUCUUCUUCUCUCUUUGCAACUUUGCAAUGGAAUCUAUUUAAACAGAAGGGCAACUCUAAAUGUAUAUGUAGGUUUGUUUGAAGGAACAUUAACCAUUAUUCCAGGAACUCACUGAUACUGCAUACAUGACAUGGCACUCUGCCCAGACAGGUGCAUGAAAGAUUAAACCUUUUCAACAACACUGAGUGCCAGUGGUAAGCAUGAGGAAGUCCAACUAACAAAAAUACCUUUAGUUUGUUUAUGUUUAACUUAAAUUACUUUGAUCUGAUUCCACCAGAUUCAGUUUGUGCGCUGCAGUUUUGCACUUUGUAAAACUAAUAGAUUACCACUUUUUUUUUUUUUGACUUCAGAUUAUUGAACUAACAGGAAAAUGACAAUUAUCCAUCAUUUAUUCAUCAUGUUUAUUUUGAUUAAUUUUCACAUCUGUUUAUGUACUGUUUAUUUUGAAAAGGACAAAUGUAUGCAAAAGAAGUAUAAAUAACCGAAGAUUUCUGAAAAUUGCUGUUUAGCUCAACAGUUACAUGAUUCAAGUACAACUUUCAACUUUUUCUCUGUGCUGAGCUGUUUGUUUUUUAUUUACUAUUUUGCCAACAUGGUGAGCUCACGACUUUGUUUUUCCCUAACUUACUUUUCAAGAGCUAGUCAUAGAAAACAGGUUUAAUUCAGUUGAAACAACAAGAGAUGUACAAAAAAUGCCAUAUAUAAAUAGUUAUGUAAUAUUUGUAAUUAUGAAGAAUAUAUUGUAAUGUUUUAGUGUGUUGUGACAUUUAACUUUUUUUAAAAUCUUUUCAGCUGUGAAUUAUUCUUGAUUUAAA